GUCCCUGGAUGGCCGGUUGCAGGUGUCCCACAGGAAGGGUCUCCCCCACGUUAUUUACUGCCGUCUGUGGCGGUGGCCAGACCUGCACAGCCACCACGAGCUGCAGGCCGUGGAGAUGUGCCAGUUCGCCUUCCACAUGAAGAAGGACGAGGUGUGCGUGAACCCCUAUCACUACCAGCGAGUGGAGACCCCCGUCCUGCCGCCGGUCCUCGUACCCAGACACACAGAAAUCCCGUCCGAAUUCCCGCCUCUCGAUGACUACACACAUUCCAUCCCGGAGAACACAAACUUCCCGGCCGGCAUCGAACCCCAGAGCAACUACAUCCCAGAAACCCCACCGCCCGGUUACAUCAGUGAAGAUGGCGAGACCAGCGACCACCAGAUGAACCACAGCAUGGACACAGGCUCCGCUGCCGACCUAUCUCCGAACCCCUUGUCGCCCACUCACAGUAACUUGGACCUCCAGCCCGUCACCUACUGUGAGCCCGCCUUCUGGUGCUCGAUCGCGUACUACGAGCUGAACCAGCGGGUGGGUGAGACCUUCCACGCCUCGCAGCCCUCCCUCACCGUGGACGGCUUCACCGACCCCUCCAACUCCGAGCGCUUCUGCCUGGGGCUGCUGUCCAACGUCAACCGCAACUCCGCCGUGGAGCUGACACGACGGCACAUCGGUAGAGGAGUGAGGCUCUACUAUAUUGGAGGUGAGGUGUUUGCCGAGUGUCUCAGCGACAGUGCCAUCUUUGUCCAGAGUCCGAACUGCAACCAGCGUUACGGUUGGCACCCGGCCACUGUCUGCAAGAUCCCUCCAGGCUGCAAUCUGAAGAUCUUUAAUAACCAGGAGUUUGCCGCCCUCCUGUCACAGUCUGUGAACCAGGGCUUCGAGGCUGUGUAUCAACUGACCAGGAUGUGUACCAUCCGCAUGAGCUUCGUCAAGGGCUGGGGAGCGGAGUACAGGCGACAGACCGUGACUAGUACCCCCUGCUGGAUCGAGCUCCACCUGAAUGGGCCCCUGCAGUGGUUGGACAAAGUCCUGACCCAGAUGGGAUCUCCUGCCAUACGCUGCUCCAGCAUGUCUUAAGGAACACUUCAUCUCAGUCG